CGGCGGCCAUGUUGCGAUAGUCUGUUGUUUUCUUCCUGCGGAGGAGCCGGGCCGGAGUGCCCGAGAACGCCGGCCGCCUCCCCCCUGUUCCCGGUCCCGGCCCCCAGCCCCCCGUCCUCCGCCGCGCGUUCCCGGGCUCCGGCCGGCCGGCGGCCCACCGGCCGGCUUGGCGGGGCGACCCUGAAGGCCGGGCCCGCGAGCACCAUGGCGGCCGCCCUGGGAGCGGGCGGAGGAGCCGGCGCCGGAGAUGAUGACUUUGACCAGUUUGAUAAGCCUGGUGCAGAGCGAUCUUGGAGAAGAAGAGCUGCAGACGAGGACUGGGACAGUGAACUUGAAGAUGACUUACUUGGAGAAGAUUUGCUGUCUGGCAAAAAGAAUCAGUCGGAUUUGUCAGAUGAAGAGCUGAAUGAUGAUCUUUUACAGAGUGAUAAUGAGGAUGAAGAAAAUUUCAGUUCUCAGGGUGUCACAAUUAGUUUAAAUACCACAUCUGGCAUGGUCACAUCAUUUGAACUGUCUGACAACACUAAUGACCAAUCCGGAGAACAGGAAUCUGAGUAUGAACAAGGAGAGGAUGAACUUGUUUAUCACAAAUCCGACGGAUCUGAAUUGUAUGCUCACGAGUACCCAGAAGAAGGACAGUAUGAAGGCCACGAUGCUGAGCUGACAGAGGACCACAUGGAGUAUGUGGAGGAGCCCGAGGAGGAGCAGCUGUACAAUGAUGAAGUGUUAGACAUCGAGAUCAAUGAGCCUUUAGAUGAGUUCACAGAUGAAGAAUACUUGCAGGCUUGUGGGCAACAAGGGCUGCAAGAGCAGGAAGACUGUGUUGCUGAAGAUGAAUUAGAUGAGAUUACUGACCCCCAGGUUGCUCCUGAAACUGAAGAGGGAGGUAUGGAAACUUUGGAACUACAGAAGGACAUAAAAGAAGAAUCAGAUGAAGAAGAUGAUGAUGAUGAAGAAUCUGGACGAUUACGUUUCAAAACUGAAAGGAAAGAAGGAACAAUUAUUAGGCUCUCAGAUGUAACUAGAGAGAGAAGGAACAUUCCAGAAACUUUGGAGCUUUCAGCGGAAGCCAAAGCUGCAUUGCUUGAAUUUGAAGAAAGAGAGCGACAGCAUAAGCAGGGGCGCUAUGGUUCGAGGCGGGGAGGAAGGAGAGGAGGCUCUGUGGUGUGUCGUGGAAUGGGAGACCAGAGGAGAGAGAACAGCGAGCGAGUGAGAAUAAAAGAUCACAGACCUGCCCUGCUCCCGACGCAGCCUCCUGGCAUGACGCACUCUCCAAGACUGAUGCCCCCUCCGCAGCCUCAGCCGCCGCCGCCGCCGCCGCCUCCGCCCGCGCAGCAGCAGCCCAUCCGAAGUCUGUUCCAGCAGCAGCAGCUGCAGCCCCUGCUCCCCCUGCAGCACCCGCACCACGCCUCGCCGCCCCCGGGGGUGCACGUGCCGCCCCAGAUGGAGGCCCCGAGGGGGAUGCUGACCCCGCCCCCCGUGACCCCGCAGCAGCCUAAGAACAUACACAUCAACCCCCACUUCAAAGGGGCGGUGGUGACGCCCGUCCAAGUGCCCUUGCUGCCAGUCCCGAGCCAGCCGAGACCUGCUGUGGGGCCUCAGAGAUUCCCAGGCCCUCCAGAGUUCCCGCAGCACGCACCUGGGCCUGUACCCAGCAAUUUCAGCCAGCCCCCACGACUUCCCCUCCAGGACCAGUGGAGGGCCCCGCCCCCGCCACAGGAGCGAGACCCUUUCUUCUUAGGAGUUUCAGGUGAACCAAGGUUCCCGAGUCAUCUUUUUCUGGAACAGCGAAGCCCCCCUCCGCCGCCACCGCCCCCCACGCUUCUUAGCAGCACUCACCCGGUGCCCACCCCUAGUCCCUUACCGUUCACUCAGCCUGGACCAGCAUUUAAUCAGCAGGGACAGCAGCCCGUGUUCCCCAGAGAGAGGCCCGUCAGGCCGACUCUCCAGCCACCAGGUCCAGUGGGGAUCCUUCACUUUAGCCAGCCAGGCUCAGCGGCCACGCGGCCUUUCAUCCCUCCUCGGCAGCCCUUCCUGCCUGGCCCGGGACAGCCAUUUCUGCCCACCCACGCACAGCCUAACCUGCAGGGGCCUCUGCACCCCCCUCUGCCCCCUCCGCACCAGCCGCAGCCCCAGCCCCAGCAGCAGCCCCCGCUCCAGCCGCAGCACCAGCCUCCGCUGCAGCCGCCCCCGCAGCACCAGCCGCCCCCACAGCCACCUCACCAGCCGCAGCACCAGCACCACCACCACCUCUCCGUCCCGCCUCCGCCGCUCAUGCCCAUGUCGCAGCCCCAGUUUAGGCCUCACGUCCAGACGGCCCAGCCUCCGCCCAGCAGCGGCCGGAUGCAGUGCCCCCAGCGCCAGGGGCUGCGGCAUAAUACAACUCAGAAUGUAAGCAAACGGCCAAUGCAGCAGAUGCAGCCAACCGCUCCGAGAAACAGUAAUCUGCGCGAGUUGCCCAUAGCACCGUCGCACGUGAUGGAAAUGAGUAGCAGCCGCUGCUCUUCCACACCUGCAGCUCCUGGGAAGCCGAUCGCCAGCACGUCCCCGCCCGCGAGGCCGGGGGCUGGGCCCAGGAGCUCACAGGGCAAGACUGAAGCCCGAGUCAAGCCAGUCAGCCCUGUGGUUCAGCCCAAAGAGGAGGCAAAAACAGAACCAGAGUUUCCUGACGAAGACGAGGAAACAAGGCUGUAUCGCUUGAAGAUCGAAGAACAGAAGCGCCUCCGAGAAGAGAUCCUCAAGCAGAAGGAGCUGCGCCGGCAGCAGCAGGCGGGCGCGCGGAAGAAGGAGCUGCUCGAGCGGCUGGCCCAGCAGCAGCUCCACCUGCCCCCGGCCUCGGCAGAGCCGGAGCAGCCGGCGGCCUCCCCGUCGCCCACCAAUGGAAACCCACUGUUACCCUUCCCAGGUGCACAGGUCAGACAAAACGUGAAAAACAGACUUCUCGUGAAAAACCAAGAUGUCACUCUUUCCAAUGUUCCGCCCAAAACAUCAAAUUUUGUGCCAUCUGGUGCUAACAUGCAGUAUCAAGGACAACUGAUGAAACCGUUGAAACCUUUGAGACAGGCCAGAACCGUACCUCAGAGUCCAGCUCAGCACAAAGUCCUGCAGGUAAAACCUGCGGACGGGGAGGGGCCGCCACCCCCCUCACAGACCGCUCGAGUGGCGUCCCUCCAGGGCCGGCCCCCGGACGCCAAGCCCGGCGCGAAAAGGACUGUCAUGCACCGGGCAAACAGCGGUGGCGGAGAUGGGCCGCACGUCAGCUCCAAGGUCAGGGUGAUUAAGUUGUCAGGCGGGCAGGGAGGAGAGAGCGACGGCUUUUUUCAUCCUGAGGGCCAGCCCCAGCGGCUCCCGCAGCCCCCAGAAGUGAGGCAGCAGCCCGCCCGCAAGGUGACGCUGACCAAGGGGGCCCUUCAGCAGCCCCAGCACGCACCGGUGGCGUCCCACGUGCACUCGGCCGGCCCUCCGGGCAUCAAGAGCAUCCAGGGAGUCCAUCUGGCCAAGAAGGUCCUCAUGCACGGGAGAGGCCGAGGUGUGGCAGGAGCGAUGGGCCGGGGACGCCUGAUGCCAAACAAGCAGAACCUCCGAGUGGUGGAGUGUAAGCCUCAGCCCUGUGUCGUGUCUGUUGAAGGCCUUUCUUCGUCCACCACUGAUGUCCAGCUGAAGAACCUACUGAUGUCAGUGGGCCCCAUUCAGAGUUUACAGAUGCUUCCCCAGCAACGGAAAGCCAUAGCUAAGUUCAAGGAACCAGCUCAUGCGUUAGCAUUUCAACAGAAAUUCCACAGGCACAUGAUAGAUUUGUCCCACAUAAAUGUGGCCCUGAUUGUUGAGUGAUUUCUAGCAGGAGACGCUGACCUGACGCUGCACGCACUGUGGGAUUUCUUCGAGGGAGCUGCAGCAUAGGAUCCCCACAAGCGUAGGCCUCUCCGUCCGCAGUCUUGCGUAACUGCUGUGUGGAGCGCCGCACGGCCCAGUGUUGAUUCCAGCAGAGCUGGACUUGGGGACACGGCGGACUGGGGUUUGCUGUUAGACUGCUUCACGUUCUGUUGUCACCACAGAGAACUACAGUUUUCGUUUUCUUUUGUUUUCAAAGUGCUCACAAUGCAUGUAGACAUCGUUCUUCGUGAUCGUACUGUGUGAUCGAUCACAGUGACUUAGAUUCAGGAAGGAACAUUAACGUCACAAAUUCUAAGUAGUUUUUCACAACAAAGAAUACUUGAUAAUGGUUGCACUUAUCUUCAGUGCAGGCUAGACAAUUGUUUUCCCAGCCAAGCGUAACUUGCGCUGUCUUCUCAGAAAGCCCUCAAAAGGCUCUUGGAAAAACGUAGAUGAAAAUGUGGGUGAUUAUGAUUGACAGUUGCAUACCCUGGAAAGCAGGGUAUGAGGGUGGUUGGGAGCGGUGCCAGUGUGGCAGAUUCUGCUUCUUGUGAAUACUCCAAAAGCACCGACUGUGUGCCCCCAGCUCCAGACGGGACCCCCACCCCUUUGCACCCUUCCCGAAUCAGGCAGCAGUACUGGCAGGCCCGCCCCGCCUCCCCGGCCCUAGAGAAGGUGCCCGGAGCGCUGCCACCUUGCAGCCCUUCCGGAGUCCCCUGCCGGGCGGGCGACACCACAUAUCUGCCGCGCGAGGUGGAGGGACGGC